AUACCAGUAUGGACAGAAUAACUGAUGAUGCUUACCCCCACUCGACACUCCCGAGACAUUGAGCGGAAACCAGAGUACCUCCAGCCAGAGAAGUGCGCACCACCUCCCUUCCCUGGUCCUGCGGGAACCAUGUGGUUUAUUCGUGAUGGCUGUGGCAUCGCCUGUGCCAUUGUCACCUGGUUUCUGGUUCUCUAUGCGGAGUUUGUAGUCCUCUUUGUCAUGCUGAUCCCGUCCAGAGACUACGUGUACAGCGUCAUCAAUGGGAUUGUAUUCAACCUUCUGGCCUUCUUGGCGCUGGCCUCACACUGCCGGGCCAUGCUGACGGACCCCGGGGCAGUGCCCAAAGGAAAUGCCACUAAAGAGUUCAUCGAGAGCCUCCAGCUGAAGCCUGGGCAGGUGGUGUACAAGUGCCCCAAGUGCUGCAGCAUCAAGCCCGACCGAGCCCACCACUGCAGUGUUUGUAAACGGUGCAUUCGCAAGAUGGACCACCACUGUCCCUGGGUCAACAACUGUGUGGGCGAGAACAACCAGAAGUACUUCGUCCUGUUUACAAUGUACAUAGCUCUCAUUUCCUUGCACGCCCUCAUCAUGGUGGGAUUCCACUUCCUGCAUUGCUUUGAAGAAGACUGGACAAAGUGCAGCUCUUUCUCGCCUCCCACCACAGUCAUCCUGCUCAUCCUGCUGUGCUUUGAGGCACUGCUCUUCCUCAUUUUCACAUCCGUGAUGUUUGGGACCCAAGUGCACUCCAUCUGCACAGAUGAGACGGGCAUUGAACGCCUCCAACGAAAGAAACAGCCCCGGGAGCGCACGGGCAGCUGCAAGUCGGUCCAGGAGGCUUUUGGUGGGGACUUUUCCCUGAACUGGUUCAACCCUUUCACCAGACCUUGCCAACCAGAGAUACCCAUUGACAAGGGCUUGGUACGGCAAGCGUCAUCUCUGUCAGACAUGGACAACAUGGAAACAACCGAGAGCCAAUUGGAGACAAAAGACAGGGACUCUGUGGAGGUGCUGGAUGAAUAGAGGCUGUGGGGAAUAACACAACAACAGUAGCCACUGGCCUGGUGGGUACCCCAGCUCCCUGGGCUCCCACAGGCCACUCUGUCACCCUACCCUUUCUCCAGUUAGGACACGGGGUGGGGCGUGGGCAGAGGAGAGUAGGGACUUUCCCUGAGUUUGUCUUAGUAGGGUGUGCCAAAAGGGAUGGUCUGGAGCCAUUCUCCAGGCCUGGGAAGGCUGCCAAGCACUAUUCAGCAAGGGAAAAGGUGGCCAGGGUGGACUUGGGGAAGGGUACUGACAUCAGGGAUUACCAACCUGAAAGGCUAGAGACACCAGCCAUUCCUAGAGAAGGGAGUCCUUGCCUGGCUGGCUGUGGGAAUCAGGACAAAGGAUGGGGCUACUGAACCUCCCCUCCGUGCUUGGGCUGAAAGAUUACCCCACCCAUCUGUAUGCAUGUGUGCAGAACCUGAGCCUGAGUUACGACAGUAUCACCCCAAAAUAGUUCCCAUCCUAUAGAUACUAGACUCUUCUCUGAGCCAGCUUUUCUGUGGCCACAAGAUUGCAUUCCCGGAAGAGCUGGGAAAGGACAUAUAUUGAGCUCCUGGAGAAAGUUUAGUAAGACAUGGGGACAGGUGCAACCAGAAACAGCCACCUUUGUGUUUCAGAACAGCCCCCAAGACAGCGCCUCACAGAAAGCUGCAUGGCUGCACCUAGUGGCGCACGCCUUCAUUCCCAGCAUUUGGGGCAGGCCACCAGAUACAACCUUGUCUACAGAGGUCCAUGCUGCAUAGUGAAUCCAUGUUUUAAAUACAACAAAAAAAGAACUGCAUAGUGGCCAGGACAUGCAGACUGCUGGGAGCUUGUGUAUCUGGCUGUCACUGGCAGUCUGGGCAGACUCCUGCACUCUCCAGUCUAUUGCAGUACUUGCUGAAGCAGCAGAUUCUGCAGUCUCUCCAGUUAGAUAAGUCUCAAGAAGCACACCAGUUCCCCAGCUCAGGCCUUGACAUUCCCCAGUGUUGCUGGCAGCGACCCUGGCAGAAGAUUCUGUAUUACAUCCCUUCUUCCAGUUCUGGGUGAAAGGACAUGAGUCCUGGACCAAGAGAACCUGUGGCCUCAGUGGCAUGAGUCAGUAUUACUUGAGGUACUGUCUCAGGACACGGAGAAAGGAAAGCUGUGGGGUGCCAAGUAGUGGUCUUACUCUUGGGCAGCAUCCUAGGCAGUCCCUGGAGGGUAGAGAUCCGUCAGAUUUUCUUAGUACACCCCACACAGGGUGGCGGUAGGGCUCCAGCACUAACAGAUGUGGCCGACCCCCUCCACUGCAGGUGAUCUGCUUUAACGUUUAUUAGGACUAACAUGAGGAGCCCAAGUUGGCCCCACUGCUGACCCUAUUUGGAGAGAGCGGUCCUCUGGCUGCAGGGCCCCUAACCCCAAACAGACCUGGACGGCCUAUGUGCUGGACCAUAUACCAGAGACUCCACACCAAGGAGAAAGUAGGGCUAGUGACUUGGUCCCCAAGGAACAACAGUUAAAGGAAGGAGCUUUGGAGUCAGGAUCUGUGUUGAGUUCAGGCCCUCAAGAAUGUCCUUGAACACUAGGUCUUAAACUCCUUGGAGCCAUCUUGACCAGCAGCAAAGGUACCUCCCAGCCCCACAGCCAUUUGUUUCCAGAGUACUUCCCCUAGAAAAGUUGAGGCGGGCAGGCAUUUUGCUCUCACAGGUUUAGACCUCUUCAACAAACCCAUUAUCAUGUCAGGGCCUCAGCCUCAUCUCUACCAAGGAGAGACGGGCAGCCAGGAUCAUGUAGGUAGUAGUCUGUCCAGCCCUGAACCUUGUGCCUUUUCUCCACGGUGACUCCUGAGAUUAUGCUCAGCAUGGCAACUGAUAGGAAGAGGUCCGGUGUUUCUAGGAGGGAGGCCGGUUAUAUGCCUGCCUCUUGUUUGAAUAAAAGUUCUUUGAUCUA